AUGUCAAAAACCUACACCUCGAAGGCCUUCCAAGCCCUCAAGCAGUUCUCCAGCUGCGAUAUCGGCGACGCACUCGUCAAACUCCGCUACCCCUACGGCGGCUUCCUCGACGGGCUACGCAUGCGCUCCCCAGCCUCACCCUCACCCUCCGGCUCCAACUCCAGCAACCUACGCAUCCACGGCCCCGCCGUAACCGUUAAAAUGAUCGAAACGAAUACCCCCGGCCCAACACCCCCCCUCCACUUCGCCGACGCAAACCGCCCCGGCGCAAUCAUGUACAUCCAGCAGCCGAAAGGCUUAUACUCGGCCUGCUGGGGCGGACUCAUGUCCACGCGCGCCAAGGCGACCGGGGCACUCGGCGUGGUUGUUGAUGGACGGAUUCGGGAUAUCUCCGAGCACAGGGAUAUAGGAUUCCCCGUAUUCUCAGCGGACACGUCGAUCUUGGGAUCGGGCGGGUUCACGCGCGCGUCGGAGAUUGAUGUGCCGGUUCAGUUUCGGGAGGAUUUAUGGGUUCAUCCGGGGGAUGUGCUUGUGGGUGAUGAGGAUGGGGUUGUUGUUGUGCCGCCUCGUUUGGUGGAGGACGUUGUUGGGCUCUGUGCGGAGAGGGCGGAGAUUGAUGCGCGUACUUUUGAGGCGUUGGGGAGGGGGGAGCUUAUGGGACCUACUAUUCAGAGGUUGCGGAAGUAG